UAUCAUUCCGCCUACAUAAAGCCGGAUCCCCUUACACUACGCUCUAGCUCCUCCCGCUGCCGCUUUUGGUACUGGGGACGUGGCCAAAGUCUGCAGAGGAAAAGAUCACGGCACCCCCUUGAGGCAAGGAAAUAAGAAAACUCCCUCUGAUCCGAGCAAAGCAGGUCCAACUUCAGUGGCAGAUCUGGUGGCCUUGGAGUGGCUGAAGACACCCACCCUCCACAGGGCUGCGCUCAGGCACACAGCCAUUCUUCCUUUCCCAGAGUGAGCUUCCUCUGCACGUUGUUUAUAUCAUUGACAGAGCCUGUAGUUGGAAAGAGGGCCGAGUGACCACUGGACUUUGUAUGAAAACACCAACCUGGGACAGACCUUCAGUCAAUGCUGAGACAGGGUUGGAGGUAUAUAACUUGGCCUUGUCUUUAACUUGGAUCAUGACUGGCUCUGAGGGUAAGGCAGGGGCAGAGGAGGGGCUGAGGUUUGCCUAAAAGCUGGAAUCAGUGGCCCUGCCAACCCUAGAGCCAAGGCUAAGAUCCAGGCCAAGGCUGGGGAUGGAGCAGUGGCCAGGACACAGACUGUGACCUACACUGAGGCCGUGGCUAUGACAGGGAUGUGAGCAAGAUGGAAGCUAUGGCUAAGACUAGAGUCAUGACUGAGACUAAGGCAAAAUCCCUGGCAGAACCUGGUAUAGUGCCCCAAGUCAAGUCAAAGCUGACGCCUAUGGCCAGGGUCAGUGCUGUGACCAAGUACGAAGUCAAGGCUGGUGCUGGAAGUGAAACCAAUAUCAGGUCCUUUGCCAAGGCUGAUGAUAAGGUCAAUAUUGAGUCCAGGUCCCAGAGAAAGAGAGAGGACAACAUCAAAUUCAGGGCUGGGGCUGGGGACAGAGCUGGUAUUGUAAUCGAGUCCAGUGAUGAGGAUGAAGAAAAUGUCUGCUCCUGGUUCUGGGCAGGAGAAGAGCCUAGUGUAGGAUCCUGGUUCUGGCCUGAAGAGGAGAUUCCUUCUCAAGUUUAUAAGCCUCCACCUAAGAUCCAGGAAAAGCCCAAGCCCAUACCCAAACCUGAACUCACUAUAAAACAAAAAGCAGCAGCAUGGUCAAGGGCCAGGUAUAGUGUCCUAGUCCCAAUAGAGAGAGGGAAGCCAUUCUUGCCUCCAGAAGGGAAUUGGACUCUCGUUGAGACCUUGAUUGAAACUCCUCUGGGGAUUCGGCCUCUGACCAAGAUCCCACCCUAUAAUGGACCUUACUUCCAAACCUUAGCUGAGAUCAAAAGCCAGGUUAGGUAUAGAGAAAAGUAUGGGCCCAAUCCAAGAACCUGCCGCUGUAAAUCACGUGACUUUAGUUUAGAGCCUAAAGAGUUCGAUAAACUCGUUGCCCUACUUAAGUUAACUAAGGAUCCUUUUAUUCAUGAAAUAGCAACAAUGAUAAUGGGCAUUAGUCCUGCUUAUCCAUUUACCCAAGAUAUAAUUCAUGAUGUAGGUAUUACUGUUAUGAUUGAAAACUUGGUCAAUAAUCCCAAUGUUAUAGAACACCCUAGAGCUUUAAAUAUAGUAGAUGACAACUCUGAGUCUUCUGAAGAACCAAAACCAGGAGAGUCAUACGUAUAUCAAGUUUGUAAGGACAUAUUCUCUUAUCCCUUGAACUCCCCUGUGCAACUGGCUGGACUAAAAUUAUUAGUGCACCUGAGUGUGAAAUUUGAGGAUCACCAUAUAAUUAUUAAUUACAUUCCAGAUUUCCUCACCUUGUUAAGCAAAGGAAGUGUCAAAACCAAGUUUUAUGUUUUAAAAGUGUUUUUGCGCUUGUCUAAAAAUCAAGCCAAUACAAGAGAACUGAUUAGUGCCAAAGUACUGUCAUCAUUGGUUGCACCCUUUAACAAGAAUGAGUCGAAGGCUAAUAUUCUUAAUAUCAUUGAAAUAUUUGAGAAUAUAAAUUUCCAAUUCAAAAAGAAGGUGAAGCUAUUUACCAAAGAAGAGUUCACUAAAUCUGAGCUUAUUUCCAUAUUCCAGGAAGCAAAAGAGUUUGGUCAGAAACUCCAAGACUUAGUAGAGCACAGUGAUCCUGAGGUGCUGUCAUCUCUCAAGUGGAAUCCUUGGCUCCUUUGAAGUUUUCCUAUUUGUUGAAGAGAUUGUCUUUUCCAUUGGAUAUUCUUUCCUGCUUUGUCCAAGGUAAGUUGACCACAUAGGUAACAUUUAUAAUGAGAGGAGAAUGGAAUAAAAUAUCCUAGACAUAUUGUGACAAUGGAUUAACUGUUUAAAGUAAAUAAACUCAGGUUUCCAUUCAAAGCAUACACCUAGAAAAAUCAGAGAAAUUUUUUUCAAACCCUUUCUCCUUUGCUAUAAAAGAAAACCAUGAUCUGUGUACAAAAAGUUAUAUAUCAUGACCAAGUGGGAUUUUACUCAGGUAUAAAGGGCUGGUUCAAUAUUCAAAAAUCAAUUAAUGUAGUCCAUCACAUCAACAGACUAAAAAAGAAACACCACAUAAUCAUACCAAUAGAUACAGAAAAAGCAUUUGGUAAAAAUAUGACACCCAUUUUUGAUAAAAACUUUCAAACUAAGAAGAGGGGAAACUUCUCAACACGAUAAAGAAAAUCUACAAAAGCUUACAUCUAGCAUCAUACAUAAUGGUGAGAAGUCAGAACCUUUCCCACAAAGAUCAGCAACAAGACAAGAAGUCUUUCCUCACUAUUACUUUUCAACUUUGUAUUGGAAGUUCUUGUUAAUGCAUUAAUGCAAGAUAAAGAAAUAAAAGGGAUGUAGAUUUAGAACAAAAAGCAAUAAUAAAACUUUGUUCAAAGGUGACAUCAUUGCCUAUGUAGAAAAUCUGAAAUAGUUGACAAAAACCAAACAAAAAACCCUCUGGAGCUAAAUGAAUAUAACAAAGUUGUAGGAUAUAAGGUUAAUAUAAUGUAAAAUGGCCGGGGUGCCUGUGUGGCUCAUUAAGUGUCUGACUUCGGCUUAGGUCAUGACCUCACAGCUUAUAUGUUCGAGCCCCACAUCGGGCUCUGUGCUGACAGCUCAGAGCCUGGAGCCUGCUUCGGAUUCUGUGUCUCCCUAUCUCUCUCUGCCCCUCCCCCACUCACACUGUCUUUCUUGCUCAAAAAAUAAAUACAUUAAAAAAAUUUUUAAAUGGCCAUUGCUUUCUUGUAUACCAACAAUGAGUAACUGGAAUUUGAAAUUAAAAACACAAUGCCAUUUACGUUUGCCACCAUUUACGUAAGUCACCCCUAAAAUGAAAUAAUUGUGUAAAAUCUACAAAAUGUGUAUAAGAUCCAUGUGAGGAAAAUUACAAAACUCUGGUGAAAGAAUUCAAACGAGAUAAAUAAAUGGAGAGGUGUUCCAUGUUUGUGGAUAGGAAGAAUCAGUAUUGUGUAAAUGCCAGUUCUUCCCAACUUUAUAGAUUCAGUGCAGUCCCAAUCAAAAUCCCAGCAAGACAUGUAGACAUUGAUACGCUGAUUCUCAAGUUUAUGUGGCAAGGAAAAAGACACAAAAUAUCCAACACCAUAUUUAAAGAGAAGAACAGGGGCGCCUGGGUGGCUCAGUUGGUUAAGCGUCCAGUUUUGUCUCAGGUCAUGAUCUCAUGGUUUGUGAGUUCAAGCCCUGCGUUGGUUUCUGUGCUGACAGCUCAGAGCCUGGAGCCUGCAUUGGAUUCUGUGUCUCCCACUCUCCCUGCUCCUCACCUGUUCUCUUUCUCUCCCUCUCUCUCUCUCUCUCUCUGUUCCUCCCCUGUUCUCUCUUUCUGUCUCUCUCUCUUUUUCUCAAAAAUAAAUAUUUAAAAAAUAUAUUUAAAAAAUAAAGAGAAGAACAAAGCUGGAUAAUUUUCACUAUUUGACCUUAAGACUUACUAUAAAGCUACAAUAAUCUAGACAGUAUGAUACUGGUGAAAGAAUGACAAAUAGAUCUAUGGAAUAGAAUUGAGAGUCUGGAAAUAGACCCAUAUAAAAAUAGUGAACUGAUCCUUGAUAAAGGAGUAAAGGCAAUAAAAUGGAGACAAGUUAGUCUUUUUAGUAAAUGAUGUUGGAAUAACUGUACAUCCAUAGGCAAAAAAAAUUAGUCACAGACUUUAUAUUCUUCACAAAAAUUAACUCAAAAUGCAUCACAGAGCUAACUGUAAAAUGCAAAACUAUAAAACACCUAGAACCUGACAUAAAAGAAAAUCUUGGUGACCUUGGGAUUGGUGAUGACAUUUUAGUACAACACCAAAGGCACAGUCUAUGAAGACAAAAAAUAACUUGGUAGGCUGGACUUCAUUAAACUGAAAAAUUCUGUUUUGAGGGGCACCUGGGUGGCUCUGUCAGUUAAGCAUCCAACUUCAACUCAGGUCAUGAUCUCAUGGUUCGUGAGUUCCAGCCCUGCGUCAGGCUCUGUGCUGACAACUCAGAGCCUGGAGCCUGCUUUGGAUUCUGUGUCUCCCUCUCUCUCCUCCCCUCCCCCAUUCACGUUCUCUCCAUCUCUCUCUCAAAAAUAAAUAAACAUUAAAAAAACUAAGGCUGUAACGAGAGAAAGAAAGACAUUACAUCAUAAUUAAGGGAUCUAUCCAAGAAGAUCUAACAAUUGUAAAUAUUUGCAUCCAAAUUGGGAGCACACAAAUAUAUCAUUCAAUUAAUAAUAAACAUAAAGAAACUCAUUGAUAAUAAUACCAUAAUAGUAAACUUUAAUACCCCACUUACAGCAUGAGCAGAUCCUCUGAGCAGAAAAUCAACAAGGAAACAGUGGGUUUGAAUGACACACUUGACCAGGUGUACUUAAGAGAUAAAUUCAGACCAUUUCAUCCUAAAUCAGAAAAAUACACAUUCUUCCUAAGUGCAUAUAGAUAUUUUUCCAAAACAGAACACAUACUAGGUCACAAAUCAGCCCUCAACUGGUACAGAAAGAUUGAAAUCAUGCCAUGCAUAUUUUCAGAUCACAACACUAUGAAGCCUGAAAUUAACUACAGGAAAAAAUGUGGAAAGCCCUCAAAUACAUGGAAGUUAAAACUCAUCCUACUUAAGAAUGGAUGGGUUAACCAGAAAAUUAAAUAAGAAAUGAAAAAAAUACGUGCAAACCAAUGAAAAUACACGAGUCCAAACCCUUUGUGGUGCAGCAAAAGCAAUCCUAAGAGGAAAUUACAUUGCAAUUCCGGCCUAUCUAAAGAAGCAAGAAGGUCCCAAAUACACAACCUCACCUUAAACCUAAAGGAGCUACAAAAGGAGCAGCAAAUAAAGCCUAAAGCGAGCAGAUGAAGGGGAAUAAUAGAGGUUACAGUAGAAAUAAAAGAUAUAGAAACAAACAAACAAAACCUAGUAGAACAGAUCAAUGAAACUGACAGCUGGUACUUUGAAAAAAAUAAAUGAAUUGAUAACCCCCAAGCCAGAUUUAUCAAAAAGAAAAGAGAAAGGAUCCAAAUACAUAAUACAUAAGAAAGGAGAGAUCACAAACACCAGAGAAAUGCAAACAAUUAUAAGAAUACUAUGAAAAUUAUAUGCCAAAAAACUGGGCAAUAUGGAAGGAAUGGACAAAUUCCUAGAAACACACUACCAAAACUGAAAAAGAAGAAAUAGAUAAUUUGAACAUACCCAUAACAAGCAAAGAAAUUGAAUUGGUUAUAAAAAAAAUCUCCUACCAAACCAGAGUCCUGGGCGAGUUGGCUUCCCAGGGAAAUUCUACCAGACACUUAAAGAAGAAUUAAUGCCAAUUCUUCUCAAACUGUUCCAAAAAAUAGAAAUGGAAGGAGAACUUCCAAACUCAUUCUAUGAGGCCAGCAUUACCUUGAUUCCAAAACCAAAGACCCCACUAAAAAGGAAAAUUACAGGACAAUAUCCCUGAUGAAACUGGAUGCAAAAAUUCUCAACAAGAUACUAGCAAUUUGAAUUCAACAGUGCAUCAAGAGAAUUAUUCACCUGUAUCAAAUGGGAUAUAUUCCUGGGAUGCAAGGAUGGUUGGAUAUUCACAAAUCAAUCAAUGUGAUACCCCACAUUAAUGAAAGAAAUGAUAUGAUCCUGCAAAUAGAAAUGCAGACAAAGCAUUUGACAAAAUACAGCAUCUACUCUUGGUAAAAAAACCUGAAGAAAAUGGUAAUAGAAGGAACAUAUCUCAACAUCAUCAAAACAUCCACAGCUAAUAUCAUCCUCAAUGGGUAAAAACUGAGAGCUUUCCCCCUAAGAUCAGGAACAUGACAGGGAUAUCCACUCUCACCACUUUUGUUCAACAUAGUACUGGAAGUCCUAGCCUCAGCAAUCAGACAACAAAACAAAAUAAAAGGCAUCCUAAAUGGCAAGGAAGAACUCAAACUUAUGCUCUUCACAGAUGACAUAAUACUCCACAUGGAAAGCCCAAAAGACUCCACCAAAAAAACUUCUAGAGCUGAUACAUGAAGUCAGUGAAGUCACAGGAUAUAAAAUCAAUGUACAGAAAUUGGUUGUAUUUCUAUAUGCCAGUAAUGAAGCAGCAGAAAGAGAUAUCAAGGAAUCAAUCCCAUUUGCAAUGUCACCAAAAACCAUAAGAUACCUGGGAAUAGACCUAACCAAAGUGGUAAAAUAUCUGUAUGCUGAAAACUAUAGAGCUUAUGAAAGAAGUUGAAGAAGACACAAAGAAAUAGAAAAGCAUCUCAUGCUCAUGGAUUGGAAGAAUAUAAUUAACAUGUCAAUACGACCCAAAGAAAUCUACACAUUCAAUGCAAUCUCUAUCGAAGUAACACCAGUAUUCUUCACAGAGCUAGGAAAAACUAUUCUAAAAUUUGUAUGGAACCAUGUAAAAUCCCGAAGAGCCAAAGUAAUGUUGAAAAAGAAAACCGAAGCUGGAGGCAUCACAAUCCCAGACUCUAACCUGUAUUACAAAGCUGUAAUCAUCAAGACACUAUGGAACAGGCACAAAAACACAGACACAUAGAAAAAUGGAAUAGAAUACAGAGCCCAGAUACGGACACACAUAUGUAUAGCCAACUAAUCUUUGACAGAGAAGAAAAGAGUAUCCAAAGGAAAAAACUCUCUUCAACAAAUGGUGAUGGGAAAACUGGACAGCAACAUGCAGAAGAAUGAAACUGGACCAUUUAUUACACUAUACACAAAAAUAAACUCAAAAUGGAUGAUAGACCUACAUAUGAGACAAGAAACCAUCAAAAUCCUACAGGAGAAAACAGGCAGCAACCUCUUUGACCUUGGCCACAGCAACUUCUUGACAUGUCUCCAAAGGCAAGGUAAUAAAAGCAAAAAUGAAAUAUUGGAACAUCAUAAAGAUAAAAAGAUUAUUCACAGUGAAAGAAACAAUCAACAAAACUUAAAGGCAACUGAUGGAAUUGUAGACAAUAUUUGCAAAUGACAUUCGGAUAAAGGGUUAGUAUCAAAAAUCUAUGAAGACUUACCAAACUCAACAUCCAAAAAAAUAGACAACCCAGUGAAUAAGUGGGCAGAAGACAUGAACAGACGCUUUUGCAAAGACAUCAGAUGGCUGACACAUGAAAAGAUGCUGAACAUCGCUCAUCAUCAGACAAAAUACAAAUCAAAACCACAAUGAGAUACCACCUCACACCUGUCAGAAUGGCUAAAAUUAAUAACUCCAGAAACAACACACAAUGGUGAGGAUGUGGAGAAAGGGGAGCCCUAUUGCACUUUUGGUGGGAAUUCAAAUUGGUACAACCACCCUGGUAAACAGUAUGGAGGUUCCUCAAAAAAAUUAAAAAUAGAACUAUGCUAUGACCCAGAAAUUGUACUACUAGGUAUUUAUCCAAAGGACACAAAAAUGCUGAUUAGAAGGGGCACCUUCACUGCAAUGUUUGUAUCAGCGCUAAUAAUAAUAGCCAAAUUAUGGAAAAAGCCCAAAUGUUCAUUGACUGAUGAAUGGAUAAAGAUGUGGGACACACACACACACACACACACACACACAGUGGAAUACUAUUCGGCAAUGAAAAAAUGAAAUCUUGUCAACAACAUGGAUGGAACUUGAGGGUAUUAUGCUAAGCAAAAUAAGUUAGAGAAGGACAGAUAUUAUAUGAUUUCACUCAUGUGGAAUUCAAGAAACACAACAGAUUAACAUAGGGGAAGGGAAGAAAAAAUAAGAUAAAAAUAGGGAGGCAAACCAUAAGAGACUCUUAAAUACAGAGAACAAACUGAGCAUUGCUAGAGGGGAGGUGGGUGGGGGGAUGGAUUAAAAGGGUGAUGGGUAUUAAGGAGGGUACUUUUUGGGGUGAGAACACUGUCAUGUGUGAUAGAGGAAUCUCUGGAUUCUCCUGAAACCAAGACUACACUGUGUUUUAACUAACUUGAGUGUGUGUGUGUGUGUGUGUGUGUUAAUUAUGAAACUACAAUAAUUAGAUAAUUUGGUGAUGAGUUAAAAGUAGAACUAUAGAACAGACUAGAAGUCAGAAACUGGCCAAAAUAGAUACAGAGUUUAUAUAUAAUAAAGAUGGCAAGACAACUCUGUGGGGAAAAGAUGGAUUGUUCAAAAACAGUAUUUGGGGAGUAGUGUCAGGAAAGAUUGUCAUAGAAAGGGCCAUGAAACCAUCUCUCCACUUAGAAGAUAGCUUUACUGGUAAAAAUCAUCUGAAGUGACUAGAUUAGAACCAUGGAUUCUAUUUGAACUUUUGCUACUUUCAGGGGAAAGCUUAGCUGACAAAUGAUGGAUAUUAUCAGUCAAUUUCAGCUUUUAGUGUGGUAGCAGCUACUAAUUCUCCAAUCUCCAGGCCCAUGGCAGGAAGCUAUGGGACAGCAACAUGCAUUUGAAGCAUGACUCGCUGGAGCCAGGGUGGACAAUAAGGACAUUGUCCUCUAAGGAUUGGGGUUUGUGUUCUGAUUUUUGAGUUUCUGCUCACUGAGGUGUAGGCACCAAGGCUGGUAAUUGUUUCACACCUACCAGCUAAGGUGGGUUCCAAAGUAUGUAGAGGAGAUGGACCUGCAGCUUUUUUUGGUGGGGGGGAGGCAUUCAAAAACAAAUGCAUAUACAGGAUAAUUUAGAAAGCCAUAGUGCAUGCCCAAGGAAAGACAUAGUCUCAGAAAAGCCCCAAGAAGAUCUUAAAUUUCACCUCAGCCUGAUUUCCAGCAAAGAGACACCCUGCAAUAAUAACAUAAAAACCAGUAAAAUCCUGGAUAUCGGAAAGAGAUUGUGAUUUCCAGAGUUACCACAUCAUAAGAUUCAAGUGUUCGGCUUUCAGCAAAAGAUCAUAAGACAUACAAAGAAACAUGAGAAUGUGACUCAUUCAACAGAACAAAAUAAAUCUACAAGAAACAUACCUGAGGAAGCACAAGUGUCACACAUAAUAGACAAAGACUUUAAAGCUAACAGAAGACAUAGACAAAGAAAGAGAAAUAAUGGAUGAAUGAAAUGAGGAUAUCAGUUAAGGGAAAUAAUACAAAGGGACCAAAAAGGAAUUUUGGACUUGAAAGUUAAAAUGACUGAAGUGAAAAAUACUCUUGAGAAGUUCAGCAGAUUUGAGCAAGCAGUAAAAUGAAUCAGUUAACUUGAAGUAAGGUCAAUGGAAGUUAUUGAGUCUGAUAAAUAGGAAGAAAAAAUGAAAAGUGAACACAGCCUGAGAGACCUGUGGGGCACCACAAAGCUGAACAAUAGACCAACAUAGACAAUUGCGGGAAUUCCAUGAGAAGAGAGAUAGAAAGGAGCAGAAAUUUUUUGGUUUUUUUUGGGGGGGGUUGUUGAGUUUAAUAAGUUCUUUAUAUAUUUGGGGCACUAGCCAUUCAUCAGAUAUGUCAUUUGCAAACAUCUUCUCCCAUUCCAAAUUUUGCCUUUUAGGGUUUUUUUUUUUAAAUUUACUUUGUUACUAAGUGAAAUAAGUGUUGUCAGAGAAAGACAAAUACCCUAUGAUUUUACUUAUAUGUGGAAUUUAAGAGACAAAAUAGAUGAGUAUAGGGGGAAAGAAGAGAGAGACAAACCAGAAAACAAACUGUAUACUAUAGAGAAAAAACUGAGGGUUGCUGGAGAAGAGAUGGGUCAGGGAAUGGGUUAAAUGGGUGAUGAGUAUUAAGGAGGGCAGUAGUUGUGAUAAGCACUGGAUGUUGUAUGUAAAUGAUGAAUUACUAACUUCUGCGCCUGAAAUUAAUAUUACAUUUUGUAUUAACCAACCUGAACUUAAAUACAAGAGUAUAAAAAAGCAAUCAUUGAGCUAUGCUUUUGGGUACAGAGUGUAUAAAGAUAUGAUCUGUGAUAACAAUAACAGAAAGAGGGGCAAUAGAAGUGUAUGGAAGUAACUUUUGUAGACUACUAGAGUUCAGUUGGGAUGAAUUCAGAUAUUGUCAUGACUUUAAAAUAUUAAAUGUAAUUCCCAUAGUCAUAAAGAAAAUAUCUAUACAAUAUAUCCAGAGGAAAAUGAGAAGGUAAUUAAAUAUUUUUUAAAAAUUAAUUAAAUAGAAAAGAAGGCAAUAAUGAAGGAAAUGAGGGAUGCAAAAGCUAUAAGGCUUAUAAUAAAUAACAUAACGGCAAAAGUAAGUCUAUCCUAUCAAUAAUUACUUUAAGUGUAAAUGGAUAAAAUAUUUCAAUCAAAAUAAAUAGAUUUGCAGAAGAGAUUUAAAAAACAUGAUGCAACUAUAUACUUUACGCAAGAGACUCAUUUUAGCUCCAAAGAGAAGAUUAAAAAGUAAAGGAUGGAAAAAAAAAUAUUCUAUAUAAAUAGUAACCGAUAGAAAACUGUGUUGGCUAUACCAAUACCAGAAACAAUAGACUGAGAUUUUAAAAGGUUAUAAACAACAGAGAAGGACAUUUUAUAUUAAUAAAGUGUCAAUACAGAAAGAGGACAUAACACGUAUAAACAUUUACAUACCUAAUAGACACUUUAUGAAGCAAACAUUGACAGAAUUGUAGGGAGAAAUAGUUGUACAAUAACAGUUGAAGACUUUAAUACAUCAUUUUCCAUAAUGUGAGGAUAAAGUAGGCAGAAGAUGAGUAAGGAAAUAAAAAAAAACUUGAACAACAUAAUAAACCAACUAGACCUAAUCAACAUUUACAGAACACUCAACCCAACAAAAAAGAAUACACAUUAUUCUCAAGUACACAUAGGACAUUCUCCAAGAAAGACCACAUGUUAAGACAUAAAACAAGUCUUUGUAGAUUUAAAAAGAUACAUAUACAAAAAUAACUUCUUCAACAAUAUGGCAUGAAUUUAGAAAUCAGAUAAAAAAAACUGGAAAAUUCACAAAUUGCAGAAAUUAAACAACAUCAAACAAAUCGGUCAAAAAAGAAAUUACAAAGAAAAUUAGAAAAUAUUUAAAUAUGAAUGAAAACAAAAACACUGGACCACUUUCUCACGCCAUACACAAGAAUAAAUUCAAAACGGUUUAAAGACCUAAGUGUGAAACUUGAAACCAUAAAAAUCCUAGAGGAGGACACAGGCAGUAACCUCUUUGACAUCUCCCAUAGCAACUUCUUUCUGGAUAUGUCUCCUGAUGCAAGGGAAACAAAACCAAAAAUAAACUACUGGGACUUAUUCAAAACAAAAAGCUUAUGCACAGCAUACAGUCAACAAAAGCAAAAGACAACCUACUGAAUGGGAGAAUAUAUUUGGAAAGGACAUACCUAAUAAAGGGUUAGUAUCCAAAAUAUAUAAACAAUGUAUAAAACUCAACACCCCAAAAAUGAAUAAUCCAAGUUAAAAAAUGAGUAGAAGACAUAAAUAGACAUUUUUCCAAAGAUUACAUACAGAUGGCCAAUAGACACAUGAAAAGAUGCUGAACAUCACUGAUCAUCAGGGAAAUACAAAUCAAAACUACAAUGAGAUAUCACUUCAUAUUUUUAAGAUGGCUAAUAUCAACAACACAAGAACAACAGGUUUUGGCGAGUAUGUGAAGAAAGGGAAACCCUCCUGCACUGUUGGUGGGAAUACAAACUAGUGCAGCCAGUGUAGAAGACAGUAUGAAGUUCCUCAAAAAGUUAAAAAUAGAACUACCCUAAGAUCCAGCAAUUGUAUUAUGAGGUAUUUACCCAAAGAACAAAAACACUAAUUCCAAGGGAUACAUGCACCCCUAUGUUUAUAGCAGCAUUAUAUUCUCUACAAUAGCCAAAUUAUCGAAAGAGCCCAAAUGCCCAUCAAUUGAUGAAUGGAUAAGAAGAUGUGAUAUAUGUAUACACUAGAAUAUUAUUCAGCCAUAAAAAGAAUAAAAUCUUGCCAUUUGUAAGGACAUGGAUGGGGCUAGUGAGCCAAAUGAGCAAAGGGAAAAAAAAGAGAGAGGGGGCAAACCAAGAAACAAUCUUAGCUAUAGAGAACAAACUGAUGGUUACCAGAGGGGAGGUGGGGGGAGAUGAGUUAAAUAGGUAAUGGGGAUUAAAGAGUACACUUAUGAUGAGCACUGGGUGUUGUAUGGAAGUGUUGAAUCACUAUGUUGUCCACCUUAAACUAAUAUUACACUGUAUGUUAACUAACUGGAAUUUAAAUAAAAACUUUAAGAAAUAAGUAAAAUUAUCUGUUUGCAAAUGAUUUGAUUUUAUAUAUAGAAAAUGCUAAAGAUUUUGUGUACACACACACACACACACACACACACACACACACUGAUAGAACCAAAGAAUGAAUUCAGGAAAGUUGAAGGAUGCAAAAUCAAAAAUUAAAUAUCAGUCGUGUUCCUGUAAAUGAACUGUGGACAAUCCAAAAAGGAAAUUAAGAAAACAAUUUCAUUUACAAUAGCAUCAAAGCCAUACAAUACUUAGAAAUAAACCUAACUAUGGAAGUGAAAGACUUGUACACUGAAAACAAGAAAAUACUGCUGAAAGAAGUUUUGUGGGUUUUUUUGCUGAAAAAAAGUUUUAGAAGACACAAAUAAAGGGAAAGACAUCCUAUGUUUAUGGAUUUGAAGGUUUAAUAUUAUUAAGAUGACCAUACUACCCAAAGUGCUCUCUCUACUGAUUCAACACAAUCCUUAUAACAGUCCCAACAUACCUUUUUCAGAAAUGAAGAAAACAUCCCAAAAUUCAUAUAGAAUCUUAAGGGACCUCAGAUAGCCAAAACAAUUUUGAAAAAGAACCAGUUUGGAGGCCUGACUUUAAAAUAUUACAAAGUUACAGUUAUCCAAAGAGUGUACUGUCAUAAAGACAAACUAAUAGACCAGUGGAAUAGAAUAAAGAUCCUAGCAAUAUAUCUUUGUAUAUAUGGUUAAAUUAUAUUUAACAAAGGUGCCAAGACCAUUUAAUGGGGAAAGGGCUGUCUUGUAAACAAAUGGUGAUGGCAGCUUUUCCACCUGCUCCCCCUCCCACUAGUGCCACUCCUGCUAUACCACCAGCUCGGAGCUCCCAGUUCCUGUAAAGCUAGCGCCAACCUCAUCUUUCUCCAGCCAGAGUCGUAAUCAUCUACUGGAACCUCAUUAGCCAUGAUGAGAUGUUCUCUGACAUCUAUAAGAUCUGGAGAUCAUAGAUGGGCUGUGCCUGGAGGUGGAGGGGAGGAUGGUCAGUAGGACAGAGGGUAACAUUGGUGACUUGCUCAUCAGUGGAAAUGCCUCUGAUAACGGCACCAAAUGCAAAUGUACCAAAAGCACAGUGAGACAUAACUUGCAGGAAAACAGCUUCACAAAAGAAGCCUACAAGAAGUAAAUUGAAGAUUACAUGAAAUCAACAAAGGCAAACUUGAGGAACAGAGGCCAAGAAAGAAUAAAACCUUUUAUAACAAGGGCCGCAGAACAAAUCAAGCACAUCCUUGCUAAUUUCUUUUUUUUAAGUUUUAUUUUUUUAAUUUUUUAUUUAUUUAUUUUUUAAAUAUGAAAUUUAUUGUCAAAUUGGUUUCCAUACAACACCCAGUGCUCAUCCCAACAGGUGCCCUCCUCAAUACCCAUCACCCACCCUCAUCCUUUCUAAUUUCAAAAACUACCAGU